AUGUCUUUGACUUGUUCAUAUCCGCAAGAUGGAAAAGCAGAUGGGCAGCUUUCGGACUCACAACAAAAAUGGCUUGAAGAUGAUUUUGUGUGCCGCUCAAUGAUCCUGAAUGCAAUGAGUAAUGCCCUCUUCAAUGUGUUUCACAAGUGCUACCCUGCAUAUGAGUUGUGGGCUGCCAUCUCGCGAAGGUAUGUAACAGAAGAUGCUGGAAAUAGAUCCUUCUUAAUUAACAAGUAUAUUGAUUUUAAGAUGGAUGAUUUCAAACCUGUUAUUGAUCAAGUAAAUGAAUUAAAUGAAAUUGCCUCUCAAUGUGCUGAUGUGGGUGAGCCAAUUACUGAGACUUUUCAAGUUUCUACUAUUAUUGGUAAACUUCCUCCUUCUUGGAAAGAUUAUCAGAUGAAAUUAAAGCACAAGACUAAGUCUCUAAAUUUAGAUCAAUUACUUCAGCAUAUUCAAAUUGAGUAUGAGGCUAGAAAUAGAGAUUUGUCUGUUUACAAUGGAAAGGAUAAAGUGCAUAAUGUUGAAAAUUCCACAUCCUCCAAAUCUGCUAAAACCAAGAUUAACAAGUUUCACAAUGGAAACAAGACUUCUGAUUAUAAAAAAAGAUUUGAUUCCAAGAAUGGUAUUAGUAAGAAGAACAGAGGACCUUGCUUUGUAUGUGGUAAGAUGGGACAUUUGGCUAGAGUUUGUAAAUUUCGCAAAGGUAAGAAAGGUAACAAAGAAGAAGCCAAUGUCAUGGAGCAAGAAGAAGAAAAUGGUUGCUGUUCGUACUAA